AUGGAUCCACCGCAGCUUCGUUUGAUAGCAACCUCGCUCGCCUCGAUUGCUCUGUCAACCAUCGCACCUUCUGUUGCGAGUGCAUCCGCAAUCCCUCACCCACACCAAGUCUACACUCCGUCUUCGAAUCUGACCCGUCCGGCGCCUACUGAUGACGAUGGCGACAGGAACCGGAAGAUGGAGCAAUGGUCCUCCCUCAUUGGCAUUGUGACCGCACUAGUCGGGAAUGUCCUGAUCUCCCUGGCGCUAAAUAUGCAGCGAUAUGCCCACAUCCGCAUUGCGCGUGAAUGGGAGCAAAGGAAGGCCAGAAAGGAAGCGCAAAGAGACCGGAAUUACGAUGCAGUGGCUUCGACCAACAGCCACCGGAGCUUCGAUCUAGGACAACCGGAUGGGUCGAGACACCAGCUACGGGAGGAAGAACAUGAGACCUUUGAGCCUUACAGCGACGACGUCGAUGCGCCUCCCAGAGAUAUGCGCAGCGCUCGGAGCUAUCAAGAUGGUGGCGAACGGAGUCCAAAGAUGUCUGAUCGGGCUGAUCAAUCUGCCGGAUCCGAAAAUCGACAGUCCUAUCUGCGCUCUCCAUACUGGUGGGCGGGUAUUAUCUUGAUGGUCCUCGGCGAGACAGGAAAUUUCCUCGCCUAUGGGUUUGCUCCAGCAUCGAUCGUCUCUCCAUUGGGUGUGAUUGCCUUGAUCUCCAACUGCAUCAUUGCUCCCUGCCUUUUGAAGGAGAAAUUCCGCAAGCAGGACUUCUGGGGCGUACUCGUCGCCAUUGCCGGCGCCGUCGUGGUCGUGCUAAGUGCCAGCUCUUCUGAAGAAAAGAUCGGUCCUGGUGAGAUCUGGAUGAUGAUCACCCGCUGGGAGUUUGAGCUGUACAUGGGCUUGACUCUGGUACUCAUUAUCGGUCUCAUGUGGGCCAGCUUCUCGUACGGACCCAAGUCCAUCUUGAUCGACGUGGGGCUUGUGGCCUUGUUCGGUGGUUAUACUGCCCUUUCUACCAAGGGAGUUUCUUCGCUGUUAUCCUUCACUCUGUGGCAUGUCAUCACCUUCCCCAUCACCUACUUGCUCGUGUUCGUCCUCAUCACGAGCGCAUUGAUGCAGAUCCGGUACAUCAACCGAGCCUUGCAACGUUUCGACUCAACGCAGGUGAUUCCGACGCAGUUCGUCCUUUUUACGCUCUCUGUGAUCGUUGGAAGUGCAAUCCUUUACAGAGAUUUUGAAUCGAUGUCGGCAGCUCGAGCCGGAAAAUUUAUAGGAGGCUGCGCUCUCACCUUCUUGGGAGUCUACUUUAUUACCAGCGGUCGUCUGCGCUCUGACGACGAAUCCACUUUCUCCGACGAUGACGAAGAAGAAACCAUUGGUCUCUUGAAUGGGGAACGCUACCACGACAGAGUUGAUUUAUCCGCACCCGGCCCGCAAUCUCGGGCGCCCAAUGUAAUGCCGAAUGAGAUAAACCAAGAAGAUUACGUGCAAUCUCCAGGAGGGUCCUUAACUAGCCGUGGUCUUGAUGCUGUCGAUGACGAACAACUUACUCCACGUGGAAUUUUGUCUUCGCCCGACGGUUCUCUGACAGCUCAAUCUCCCCUUUCGGGACCCUACAUCGAUGGACCUUCACCACUGCGUCCACCUUCUCGGAUGUCGAAUCCCUGGGCCGAAUCUAUGGAUGAGCCUCUUGAGACCCCCAGGUCCGAUCUUGAAACAUACUGCCAUGUAUCUCCUCUCGAAUCCGCGGUGGAUGCUCAUCAAGAGUCCACCGUGCUUUUGCGCUUUCCUCCGGCGCCCGGUAUGGAAGGAAGCCCCGGAAUGAAUCCUUCUCAGCUCCAGCGGGCAUCUACCCCAAUGCAAAGCGACCACGCGAUCGAUAUCGACAGAGGUCAGCGAAACCUCGAAACGCCAUCGCGACGAGCCAUCCGAAAUUCAAUCUCGAACCGGUUCUCGCCUGGACCACUUCUUCCGGCUCUUUCUGCCGGGUUCAGUGCCGUUGUCGCAGAGUCGUUGCGUCGUGGUGAGGGGAGCCCAUUGAAAGAUCGUGCGCGGCGUAGCCUUGGACGACGCCGUCUCAAUAGUGGCCCCUUUGACGCUGACCCAGUCGGCUAUCGGGAUCAGGGCCUUGCAAUCGACGGGCCAAAUAAUUCCUUGGGCGUUGCUGGUGCUCGACUCCAAUCCGCCACCGGUCUGACCGUGCCUUCAGCAGACGCUGGGAAUUUUACGCCUGUCUUGCCCACGGAGGAUCAAAUUUUGUCAACGUACAAAACGGACGAAGAGGGCAAUCGUCUACGCAGCUUCAGUGACUCCUGGAGCGGCGGUCUGGCUUGGCUUGGUGGUGCUUUGCGGAUGAAUCCUCAGGGCCAGCCCGAGCCUGCGCCUGUCAGCGAGCAACGAAAGCAGCCACCACGCGGGGAAUCGGGUCAAGCCCGCAUUGAUAGCCGAAGCGACGACGCUCGCCCAUGA